AUGAAGCUCACCAUUGGGCUCAGUGCAGCCCUUGCAGGUCUUGCUGCUGCCUCUCAACAAGCCGCCGCCGAUGUCGCCAAAGUUUACAUCCUACGAGGAUCCCAUCAUAUCGAGCCCACGACGAGUCUCACCCCAAGCGAAGCACGUCUCAUCAUCCACCAGCGCCUCGCCCCCGAGGGAGAGGGCCCAUCCUUCCGCGAUCUCACAGAGUCCGACGAUGAGGAGCGCAUUGUGUCUUUAAUGAAUAAAUAUGGAAAGGCUCCUGCACCACUGCUCUCUGAUGAGAAGACCGCGACGCCGCGCCAGCUCGCUAUCACCAUUGAUGGAAUGCCCACUUUCGAGUACGAGUCAUUCUUUGGCUGGCUGUUCAACACACAGCCCGACUUCACCACGGAUGUGAAAAAGGAGAAUGGCGAACACCCCGACGUCUUUACUUCAGUUAUCGCGAAGAUGCCCGAGUGUCCCCUGAGCAAGAUCGCCGCUAUGGAUGACAGUUGCUUCGGUGGCGAGGCUGCCUUUGCGACAUACACCAGGUCCCAGGAUGGUGACCACCCCACUACUCUUUUGAACGAGCUUCCCAAGCUUCAGAAGCUCGCCGAGUCCGGCGAAUUGCACACUACUCUAGUGUUCCUCCCCCUGAACGCCAACCCCGAUUACGAGGAGAAGGAUCUUCGACGCCGACAGGCCGAGACUGUUAUAUCUUCCAUUGAGGAGGUUGUCGAGUCACCUGCCGAAACCUCUUCUGUCGCCGAGAACCCUAUCUUUUCCGGACGCCCUGGUGCUAUCCCCUCAUGCUUCAAGUCUGAGGAAAGCUGUAUCGAGGCUACUAAGAACUGUUCGAGCCAGGGUAUCUGCCAGAGCAGGUAUGGUAAGGGCAGCGACUCCUGCUUCGCCUGCCAUUGCCUCAGCACCAAGUCGGCUGGCGGCAGUGUUACUCACUGGGCUGGCGGCGCAUGCUCCAAGAAGGACAUCAGUGUCGAAUUCUGGCUCUUUGCUGGAUUCACCAUUGCUCUCAUUACCAUCCUCUACUUGGCCAUUGGUAUGCUUUUCAGUGUCGGCGAGGAGAAGCUUCCUGGAGUUAUCGGCGCUGGUGUGUCGAAGUCCAAUCGAACUGCUCAGAUAGAGGAAAGACUGAAUGGACUAGUCAAUCUUCUCAAGGCUGGUGGCCUGACCAACGCUGACCUUGCUACUGAUACCACUUGUAUCCCAACUGAAUCAGACCCUGCUGUGACUGAUCAGUGGAAACCUUCAUCAAAGGAAAGUAAUGCUUCUAUAACGCCAGAACCUACAGUCUGGUCUAUCCCUAGUACAUACAACUCAUAUGCUCCACCGCAAUGUGUAUGUCGACAGACCAGCGGAGAUGCUCCCCCUCCGCCAGGUUCAGACCAGGAACUCCUGAACGUCUAUCGAAAGGAAUUGCAAAUUCUACAUCCUUUCGUCAUCAUCCCCGAGGGAGUCACGGCAGCGAAGCUUAAGGAGGCACGGCCAUUUCUCAUGUCCUCCAUCCGCAUGGUCACAUCGUUUCGCAGUAUAAGAUCAAUGAGAGCACAAAUGUAUCAUCUCAUGAAACACAUUGCAGACCACAUGCUCAUACGGUCAGAGCGAUCUCUGGACUUGCUACUUGGAAUCAUAGUCAUAGUUGCAUGGUAUCAGUAUCAUUGUUUUAUGCACGCCCAGCUACACAAUUUAAUAGGCUUGGCUACUACUCUUGUUGGAGAGUUGGGCCUGCAUCGCAGUCCGACUGUUCUGGAGCGAACCAACUUGAUGGUUGUCAAACCACUACAACCUAACCCGCGCACAAACGAAGAGAGAAGGGCUUUAUUGGGAGUCUGGUACUUGUCCUCGUCCAUGUCACUUGGGUUCCUACGGAUAGAGCCGAUGCGGUACACCAAGUACAUUCAAGCAUGUCUGGCCGCUCUUGAACAGGAGCAGGAGUACGAGACAGAUUUACGUCUCGUUACGCUUGUCCGUAUCCAGCACUUGACGGAACGCAUUGCACAACUCAACUCUCCUGAUGAUGCAGCCGAGGAGGUUGCUGGCCUUCCAACAGCGCCAAUAUCGGCCUAUGUUUCUGCUUUCCAGAGUGAACUCGACAGGAUACGGAACGGACUACCACAUGACCUCAGGAAUGACAGGGUGAUAAACAUAUUCCUUAACACAGCGAUGCUCCGGUUAUACGAACCUCCUAUACUGUAUGCUUCCCGAAUCAGCUCCAUGUCAGAGUCCUUAACUGCCCCAACACUAGGAGCUCCUUCAGCUCUUGAUGUGUUUUACCAGUCAAGAAAUGCUCUUCAGAAGUUCUUUGACGAUUGGCUAUCGGUACCAGUCUCAGAGUUUUGCAAUCAGACCACACCGAUAGCUGCACAACUAGUCUAUGGGUUGACAAUGCUCGGUCGGUGGACAAAGCUCACAGCACCAAUCUUAACAAAGGCCCCAAUUCCAAUGCCCAAUGAUACCAGUGCCUCGAACCCGAACGUGGAACUUUACAAAGCGGACUCCGAGUACUCGGCGAGCGUUAGUCCAUCAAAUGUCGCUGUCUCGGUGGCGGGAUCUAGUACCGGCGAAAAGGACACGCAAACAGCCAGCCCCUUUGUCUUACGAGAAGGAACUGAACCGGGACUGCUAGCUGCCGUGGCGGCUCUUAGAUCCAAGAUUCAAAGCCAACCUGGACUCUCGCUGGAUAUCACAGGAAUCCUGUCUGCGAUAUGUUCCCGGUUCGAAGAAGCCAACGCAUCAUUUCAAGUAACCUCCGUGGAGCCCGGUACUUCGGAUCACAACAUAUGGAGUAUGAGUGCUAUCAAGGUUAAGAUCACGAGGGCCAAGUUGGAGCGUUGGGCUGAGAUAGUCGCCGCUGGCACUGAAGCGCUAAAGGUCAAUGAUGGUGACACACAGAUGGAAGAUCGGAGCCACAGCGAAAUCGGAAGCCAUGUAGAAGCCAGCAGGGGACCGAUGAGCGAUGAGUUGCCGACUGGUGGAAUCACAGAGGCAGAUUGGAAUCCCGAGCUGCAUUGGAACUCCGAUGUGCUUCAAGGUGUCGAUCCUUCAUUAUGGUUUGAUGGUUAUUUGGACUGGGGCGCUAUAGUUAUGAACUCCAUUGGUGAAUAUUGA